GAUCUCUUUCGUCGUAAAACAUAGUCUUCUCCGACGAAACUUCGUUGUUUUAAUCGUCCCAAAAACAUAAACAAAAUAGAGCAAGCAGUAUUUUACUCUUUUAUUGUACUUUAAAUAACGAUGGACGAAAAUUCAGCUAUGAUUGAGCAAAUUCUCAGAGAAGUAGAAAAUGAUAACGGAAGAAACGGGGAAAUUAAUGAAUGGCAAACGGUUUCGUAUUCGAAACGGAAUCGGAAACCUUCGAAACCUCAUCCGCCGGGAAGUCUCUCCUUUGAUCUUCACAAUGGCGGCGUCUCCUCCGACGUCUUCAGUUCGAUCGAAAAGCAUUCUGAGGAUCGCCGUCGUCGAGCCGCCGAAGCUGUUGCGGCGGUUGAAGCAGAGGCGGCGGUCUCUUCUCCUGUCGCUAACGGACUGAAGUUUGACGGUAAAGAUGAUAGUGACACCGGUGCUGCGGGGGAGAACGGUGCUGUGGAGAUUAAAAAGGUAAAGCAGAAGAAGCCGAAAAAACCGAAGGUGACUGUAGCGGAAGCUGCUCUGAAGAUUGACGCCGGUGAUCUAAGCGCUUUUCUUAUUGAUAUAACUAGCUCUUAUGAGACACAGCAAGAUAUACAAUUAAUGAGAUUCGCAGAUUACUUUGGAAGAGCAUUUGCUUCUGUGAGUGCAGCUCAAUUCCCUUGGCUAAAAAUUUUCAAAGAAUCUACUGUUUCGAAAUUGGUUGAUAUUCCUCUUUCAAAUGUUCCGGAAGAUGUUUAUAAGAUAUCCGUUGAUUGGUUGAACCUGCGAUCUUCGGACGCGUUAGUAUCUUUUGUGUUAUGGUCACUGGACAGCAUACUGGCUGACCUUGCUAAUCAUCAAGGAACUACUAAGGGAUCAAAGAAAGUCCCUCAGCAAGCAUCAUCUAAGUCUCUGGUUGCUAUAUUUCUGGUUUUAUCAAUGGCACUAAGAAGAAAGCCUGAUGUUUUGAUCAAUUUGGCACCAACAUUGAGGGAAGAUCCGAAAUAUCAGGGACAGUAUAAACUGCCAAUCAUUGUGUGGAUGAUUGCUCAGGCCACCCAAGGAGAUUUAGCUGUGGGGCUGUACAUGUGGGUACAUGUUCUGCUGCCUAUGCUAAGUGGCACGUCAAGUUGUAAUCCUCAGUCUAGAGACUUGAUCUUGCAGCUGGUAGAGAGAAUAAUUUCCUCCCCGAAAGCUCGUCCUAUUUUAGUUAAUGGUGCUGUCAGAAAGGGAGAUCGACUGGUGCCACCUUCUGACCUUGAUAUUUUGAUGAGACUCACCUUUCCUGCACCCUCAGCUCGAGUUAAGGCAACAGAGAGGUUUGAAGCUAUUUAUCCUACCCUGAAGGAGGUUUCCCUUGCUGGUUCUCCAGGAAGCAAAUCAAUGAAACAAGUUGGCCAGCAGAUACUGAACUAUGCUGUAAAAGCUGCCGGAGAAGGUGUUCCUGAAUUAUCAAAGGAAGCAAGUGAUAUUUUUAUUUGGUGUUUAACUCAAAAUCCUGAGUGUUAUAAGCAAUGGGAUGCGCUUUAUAUCGAUAAUCUUGAAGCAAGUGUUUCUGUUUUGAGAAAACUUGCGACUGAAUGGAAGGAGCAUUCUGUGAAACAUUCUACAGUUGAUCCAUUAAGGGAAACUUUAAAAAGUUUCAGGCUGAAGAAUGAGAAAGCAGAAGUCAAUGCCGAUGCAUCAUUGAAGGAGGCAGACAAGCUCUGCAAGUUGAUUUUGGGACAUCUAUCACAAGGACAUGGAUGCUUGAAAGGUGUGUUAUUCGCCUCUAUUGCGCUAGCAGCAGGUCUCACUUUCAUAUCCCAAAAUGUCCAACCUUUGAGCUUAGAUAAGUUCUCUGCAAUCUUCAAUCUAUCUUAGGCAGGAAUUUAGUCAAAUAGGCAGGAAUUUGUCUUUGACUAAGGUACACCAGCCAUAGGUUUAAAUAUGUUCACAACAGGGGACACAUCUUGAGAUACUUGGUCGGAGGUUCGAGUGUUUUCAUGUUUAAUUAUUGAAAAUUUUCGGUUUUUUAACAAAAGAUCAGGCCCCGGCUGCCGAGAUGUGUGUUGAUAACCUAGUAUUGGCCUGUCUGGGUUUGUGAUGUUUCAAGUUGUUAGCCCUUUUUUAAUGACCAACUUAUAGUUGUUUGGUUUUAUUUUCUGGUUA